AUGGAAAUGUUCAGGUGUUCCCUCAGCCACCUAAUCUCUCUGAUCUUUCUCCUGUUCCAUUCAGAGGCUGCCUGUGGCCCCACUCGAAGAAGACUCUGCAAGAUGAGAACUUUCAGGAUCUGGGAUGUUAACCAGAAGGUCUUCUAUGUGAGUAACAACCAACUUGUUGCUGGAUACUUACAAGCAGCAAAUGCUAAAUUAGAAGAGAAGAUAGAAGUGAUGCUCACUGAAUCAAAUAAUGCAUUCCUGGGAAUCCAUGGAGGGAAACUGUGGCUGUCCUGUGUCAAGUCUGGUGAUAAGAUCAGACUCCAGUUGGAGGAAGUUGACAUCACUGACAUGGGCAAGAACAAGGAGCAGGCCAAGCGCUUCACCUUCAUCCACUCACAAAAUGGCUCUACCACCAGUUUCGAGUCAGCCGACAACCCUGGCUGGUUCCUCUGCACAGAAUCUGAAGGGGAUAUGCCAGUCAGCCUCACUAACAAGCCCAGAGAUGCUACCAAGGUCACCCAGUUUUACUUCCAAAUGGAACCACAGUGCUAG